UCGAUUGCAAAGCCUCCUUGUCGAAAUGAAUCGAAAUAAACUAGAUCAAGUGAAGUUGAAUCCCGCAGAGGCGCAGUGAGACAGAAAUCUUCACGGCUGGAUUUAGCCAGAAUCUGCAAUGGAUCUUCUUCUGAAGAUGAGCCGUGAAGAAGGCCUCCACUUGGGCAGCGCUGACGAGUAAGAUCUUUACUUUGCUCCCAAGCCGCGCUCCAAGCUUAUCUCUCCAACGUUGCAUCCCCUCGAAUACGCUCUCAUACUUCGCGAAUACGCACCUCACGAUGUAGGGAAUACGCUCGCUGCACACGAUGCAAUGGAUAAAAGAACCAGAGGUUUCACCUCGCCAGAAGGCAAUCUCGCCUCUCCAGUGCUUCUUCAUCCUUUUAUCUUCUGAGAUCUUUGCAGCCUCACACGAAAUCGCGCAAUGUCUGCUGCCCUUCUCUUCGCACAGCCAGUCGAGCUAGCAUCUCUCCUAUGGGAGUUUAGCGAGAGCGACAUCCCAACCUUCGUCCUCCCAAACACAGCCUUCGGCCUCCUCGCUGCACUGGCAGCUCCAGCAUUGGUAGAGGGUGCGCAAAGCCCUAGCUUCUGGUCCCUCCUCAUCCAUGGCGUACCACGCAUGCUGCUCUUCAACUGGGCCAAUGUGUUCGUCUUCGAGCUCGCAAACCAGCGGCUCCCGGAGUCGGUCAAGGAGGACAUGGCAAACAAACCGUGGCGGCCGCUCCCACGAGGGCGCAUUUCUGAAGCACAGACAAGGCAGCUACUCUUGGGUGCUGUGCCUGCGGUGCUGGCCUUGAGCGCUGCCCUCGGGGUUGGGAAUGAGAGUGCCCUGAUCUUGUUGCUUGCAUGGCUGUACAAUGACCUCCGUGGUGGCGACGAACUGUCUCGCGACCUCAUCAUUGCAAUUGCGUACGACAUCUUCUUGGUUAGCUCGUUGAGAAUCGGCAUGACAGCCACAGCAACAACAACCGCCGCCGCCUCAAUCCGCAUCUCAACGAUGGGCUAUUACUGGCUCGCGAUAAUCGGCUGCGUGAUCGCAACCACCAUGCAAGUCCAAGAUCUCAAAGACCAGGUCGGGGACCGGCUCCGCGGCCGAAAGACAUGGCCGAUUGUCCUAGGAGACGAGAUCUCGCGGUGGUGGAUUGCAGCAUGUGUACCGUUUUGGAGCAUCGCGUGUGUACUGUUCUGGAAGACGCCGGUUCUGGUUUCUGCGAUUCCGGUACUUUUGGGUCUCUGGGUUUGCGCUUGUGUUAUGCUGAAGACGGGGGAUGCGCAGGCUUGGAGGUGGUGGUGUCUUUGGCAGGUUGCGCUGUAUGGCCUUCCUAUCUACAGCUCACUUUGAAGACGGAGUUGUUGUAGGGCUCUUUCUAUCGA